UACAAUCUGUAACAUUUACAGAUUUAAUCUGUCAGUAAUUUAGUUACUAAUAUAAUUAUAGUUGAUUAAAGUGUGUGAAACAUUUUAUUUUUCAAAGCUUCGAGUAUAUGUUGCCUUGUCCUGAAAUUUAUUUUUCCUUGACCUGAUGAAAGGUUCUACCAGCAGUGUAUCAUCGUACACUAAACAAAUUACAAUUAAGGGUUUAUUCACCAGCAUUGUUUGCCUGAAUAAUAUUUCCAAUUACAAUUUUCUGUGGCUUGGAGGAUGUCUUUUAUCGCUGCAGAAAUCAAAGGUUUUCAGGAAUUCCAAACGGAUGUUCUGCUGCAAGUUUUAAACUCCAAACGUUUACUUAUCGACCAUGUUGAGUUGCUGGAAGAGUGUCUGGAGGACACCGUAGGACAAACUAAACGCAAAUCUAAUUUUACUGCCAUCAGGCUUUUGCUGAGUUCGAUUCCUGUAGCAACAACUUUUUUGACCGGACAAUCUAGUCAUAAAUGGGUUUAUCCGCUGUCUGGGUUGACCGCAGCCUAUGGAACUAGUUGUUGCAUCAAAUGGGCUAACCAACAUCGUUUCCGACAGCAAAGAAAGUUACUUACGCGGUUUAUCCAAUCCCUGGAACAAUUCGAGAUGGCAGUUAAGAAGAAUCUACUUUUUUUGAACGAAAGUCAGCACAUACGAACGAUGCAAAUCGCACUGGAUAAAUCCGGACUGGAUGUUGGCUUCUAUGCUGCAAAUUGUGCAAAAUGUUGUAUUGAUACAAUCAAAGUGAUACAUGCUGCUGUACAGCACUUGGAACAGCAAUUUACGCUAACUCCAAAAUGGAAUGGUUUAUAUUCACCUAUAGAGCCAUUGGAAGAUUGCGAUAUGUUUUCUGAAGAAGCCGUUGCAAAUUUAGGUGAGCCAAAAGCAAUAAAGGAUAAUUACAACAUCUUUGCCUACAUCCAAUCUCAGUACUUAACGAGACUUGCGCUCUCAGUUGCAAGUGGCCUUUCGAAUUUUGCAUUUUUUAAUCUUCCUGAACUUUGUGAAAAACUGGAUGAUCAAAAAGCUUUAUGCAUGAAGCAUCUCAAUUUAAUAUUUGAUUCAAAUCGAGAACGUGCUCCGCGCGUUGAUAUCAAAGUACUUCCACCAGAGUUGUCCAACCUUCGAUCCUUGUCUAUGGGAUUAUCUGCUAAGCUGUACAGCACUGUUCAUCGGUAUAAUCAACUUGAAGAAUCGUUGGAAGAAAUUGCCGCAAACUCCAAAGAUGUAAAAUUGACUUCACAGCUUCAAGCACUAGAACCUCCAGUUGAAGACAUUAUCAACGAUCUGAAUGCCUCCGCUGAAGAAUGUCAGCGAUUGCUGAUAACAUUGAAAAAGAUACUCAACAAGGAUGACGAAAGUAUUCCAUUAGAAAUUGAUCCACGAUUCAAAGAGAAUUUAGAGCAGGCACUGGAUUCGGUUCCAAACGUGGAACGAAUUUUCUCUGAACAGGAUAAACCAUGUAUCAGAGAUGAGUUCUUCGCAGUGGAUGGCACUGAACAAGAUUGGUUGGACGAUGAUGAACAAAGAUCCCUUGCUUCUGUGGAUAAUUUGGAAAACAUCAAUUCAAAGAUUGUAAAGCGACACUUCAAACCGGUUCUGAAGCAGCUUCGGGAACGGAUCGAACCAAUUGGAGUUGAAUUCAAGGAACGAGAGAAGCGAGCACUAAAGGAUAAAGGAAUAGACGUUGAGAUUUCGGAGCAAGAGGAAGAAGAUGACGAGGAUGGUAGCUUAGAUCACGUACCUGUAAAGCGGACACUGUAUAGUAGUGACUCGGAAGACGAUCGAGAGGAGGAUGAACGAAGUGCAAUCAAGUUUCAGAGAAGCGUCCAGCGGUACGAUGACAUCCGAGGUUUUUUGGCUACAAAGGAGCAAAUGAAUAUCUUUGGGCUGAAACCAAUGACAAGCGUGGUUAACGAAGACGUGCUUGAGUAACAGUGAACCUGAGCUGAAUUUUACUGUUUUAUUUAUUGUAUGUUGAAUAAGGUCGUGUAGGGUACAAGCAAUAUAAAG